AGGGAGCAACGAGCGCAGUCCAUUUUCUCGUAAACGCCGCGGCAGCGUGGGUGGAGGAUCUCUCAAGGCUGGUGCUUGUGGCAGUGGCAGUAGUCCCAAGCUAUCUCCACACCACUCUUCUAGUGACCACUCUCAUCCCUCUCACAAUCACCACCAUGAUCACCAUCAUGCCCAUCAUUCGCCUCACCCAGGACUUGGUAGGCGACUCACACGCUCCUUGUCAGAGUCGAGCCUCAUAGUGAGGAGGCGGCCUGAAAGAGUUCGUUCACAUGGUAAGUGAUGUAUUUGUAUGCCUUUUGUGUUAAUGUUUUUUAAUUAUUUGUACAGCAAAUAAUUAUUUGGUGUCUUAUUUUGCUUUCUGAACCAAUAAAUAUUUCCAGGUUGGGCUUGGGCAUGCAGCGGGCAUAUGUGAGUGUAUUAGGAGUGAAUGGAGAUGAAUUUUUUGGGACUUGACGAACUGUUGGAGUGUUGAGCAGGGUGAUAUUUUGUGAAGGAAUUCAGGGAAACUGGUUAGCUGGACUUUAGUCCUGGAGGUGGGAAAUACAAUGCCUGCACUGUAAAGGAAGGAUUUGGGAUAUUGGCUGUUAGGAUUGACAUCUAAACUGUUGUAUCUGGGUUCCUCUGCAAAGACAGUGGUUAUAUGUGAAUAAUGGUGAAAGUGUUUAUUUUUUGGGUCACCCUGCUUCGGUGGGAGAUGGCCGACAUGUUGAAAAAAAAAAAUUAUUGAAUGUAUUAACCUUUAAACUGUCCAAACGUAGAUCUACGUUUGCAUGCGUAUUGCUCCAAACGAAGAUCAACAUUUUAUUUUUCAUUCUUUUGAAUUUGGCACAAUAGGCUUGAGUCGCCUAGACAUGAAAGAAUGGGUCUGUGCACUCGGUGUGUGCACUAUUAAAAAAAUCUGGGAGCACUUAGUACCUUGUGGUAGCACUAGUUCAAUUGAGCACCAGCUAGAGCAAAUAGCAUGGCAAACACUAGGGAUUCACUGAUGCCAUGUUGCAUUAACACUCCCAUUUUAAGAGGAAAGUAAAAAUAGGUUAGAUAAAUACAUGAGUGAGUGUACAUGUUUAUAGAGGGGCCACAGAUAUAUCAGAUCACUUUAUAGUUGUAGCUACACUGAGAGUAAAAGGUAGAUGGGAUACAAGGGGAAUAGAAGCAUCAGGGAAGAGAGAGGUGAACGUUUAUAAACUAAAAGAGGAGGCAGUUAGGGUAAGAUAUAAACAGCUAUUGGAGGAUAGAUGGGCUAAUGAGAGCAUAGGCAAUGGGGUCGAAGAGGUAUGGGGUAGGCUUAAAAAUGUAGUGUUAGAGUGUUCAGCAGAAGUUUGUGGUUACAGGAAAGUGGGUGUGGGAGGGAAGAGGAGCGAUUGGUGGAAUGAUGAUAUAAAGAGAGUAGUAAGGGAGAAAAAGUUAGCAUAUGAGAAGUUUUUACAAAGUAGAAGUGAUGCAAGGAGCAAAGAGUAUAUGGAGAAAAAGAGAGAGGUUAAGAGAGUGGUGAAGCAAUGUAAAAAGAGAGCAAAUGAGAGAGUGGGUGAGAUGUUAUCAACAAAUUUUGUUGAAAAUAAGAAAAAGUUUUGGAGUGAGAUUAACAAGUUAAGGAAGCCUAGAGAACAAAUGGAUUUGUCAGUUAAAAAUAGGAGAGGAGAGUUAUUAAAUGGAGAGUUAGAGGUAUUGGGAAGAUGGAGGGAAUAUUUUGAGGAAUUGUUAAAUGUUGAUGAAGAUAGGGAAGCUGUGAUUUCGUGUAUAGGGCAAGGAGGAAUAACAUCUUGUAGGAGUGAGGAAGAGCCAGUUGUGAGUGUGGGGGAAGUUCGUGAGGCAGUAAGUAAAAUGAAAGGGGGUAAGGCAGCUGGGAUUGAUGGGAUAAAGAUAGAAAUGUUAAAAGCAGGUGGGGAUAUAGUUUUGGAGUGGUUGGUGCAAUUAUUUAAUAAAUGUAUGGAAGAAGGUAAGGUACCUAGGGAUUGGCAGAGAGCAUGCCAAAGGGGACAAAAGAGAGUGCAAAAAUUAUAGGGGGAUAAGUCUGUUGAGUGUACCUGGUAAAGUGUAUGGUAGAGUUAUUAUUGAAAGAAUUAAGAGUA